CAGAGCUCCCUGGAGGGGGGGUAAUUGGCAGACUCCUGGAAUUUGUGCUAGAGGAGGCUUUUAUUGACACUCUUUGGCUCCUGAGUCCUAAUGCUUGGAUCAUGUCGAGAAGAAAGCAGGCAAAGCCCCAGCAUCUUAACUCAGAGGGCCAACUCAUGGAGACCUGUGACCAGCAAAACAGUCCAAAUGACGAUGUGGAUGGUGACGGGAAAGUGAUAAUGUGUCGGAGAGAAGAAACUCAUGUCUGUGAGAAAUGCUGCGGUGAAUUCUUUGACCAUUCUGAGUUUUCAGCCCAUCAACAGACGUGUGAAAAAAAGGCACGAGUUCUUAUUGUGACUGACAGUGAAGCAGGGAUGUCUGACUCCUUUGUCCCACCAACUGCUGAAGGUGCCUCCUCUGAGCUAUUGGAGGGUCAAGACACAAAGGUUUUUAAGACCAGUAGCUCAGUUUGUUCCACUGAGAAACCAGAAGUAAAGAUGGAUUCUACUAAUCUAAAAACUGUCCCUUUACCUACUCCGAAGACUAAUGGUCAUGGCUGCUUGCCAAAAACCAGUGUAUCCAACACUAACGUGACUUUACAGACUAUCAAUACCACUAAAGUAGCUGUUAAUCAACAUACGUCCGAUGGUGUUCCAAGUGUGAACACAAAUACCAAUACCAUUUCCAUGAUUCUUGAGCAAUUGGUAUGUUUACAACAGCAGCAACUGCAACAAAUCCAACUCACUGAGCAAAUUCGCCUUCAGAUAGCCAGGAUGGCUCCCAACUCUGUGCAUCCAUCAAUCGCUGCGGCCACUGAGCCAAUCAAGAGUUUGGGUGCACACCUAUCUCAGCAGCUUUCUGCUGCUGUUGCUUUGCUAGGACAGAAAGCCGGAACGCAAAAUCUUGCCCUGGAGUCUCUAAAGCAAGCUAAGCUUCCUCCUAAUCACCUAUCUAUACCACUGGGAACUGUACCCAUCACUCUCUCCAACUCGCUUCUGAAAACUGAGCCUCCUCGGGGAAUACCUGCUGCUGUUCCUCGGUUUUCAAACCCUGUGUUACCUCUUUCACCAGGGACUGUUAUUUUCCAGAAUCCACUUUCAGCAGCAGACCAAAUGAAGAAACUCAAAGGGAAGUUUCCAAGCAUUUCUAUAGCUGAGAACAAACCCAAUGGUGAAGACCAACUGUUCAAACAUAAAUGUAAGUUCUGUGGCAAGGUGUUUGGCAAUGAUAGUGCUCUUCAAAUACACUUGCGUUCUCAUACUGGAGAGCGACCUUAUAAAUGUAACAUUUGUGGGAAUCGGUUUACCACCAAAGGGAACUUAAAAGUUCACUUCCAACGACAUCGGGAUAAAUAUCCACAUAUAAGAAUGAAUCCACACCCUGUGCCUGAGGACUUGGAUAAUGUGCCUACAGCAAGCGGAAUUCCAUAUGGCAUGUCUGUACCAAUGGAUGAGUCGAAUGUACUUGUAGAUAUAAAACCAAUCCUGACACAACUUCCCAACUCUGGGAUAAACACUGGAUUCGUAGAUCCAUCAUCUGUCCUUAUACCACCUAACAUGCAGUCCAAGCCAUCCCCUGGAAGUGAAGGAGAAUCUGUAUCAUCUGGGGCUUUUGGACACGAGUCUGGAACCGAACACAGCUUAAAUUCCCCACCUAUGAGUGGAUCAAGUGAGCAGGGAUCAGAGACCAGCAAGCUUCAGCAAAUGGUGGAGAACAUUGAUAAAUCUGGAUCUGAUCCCAAUGAGUGCACAGUAUGCCAUAGAAUCUUGAGCUGCCCUAGUUCACUAAAAAUGCAUUACCGUACACACACCGGUGAAAGACCUCACACGUGCAAGAUUUGUGGAAGAGCAUUUAGUACAAGAAGCAAUCUCAAAACGCACUACAAUGUUCACCGUACAAAUGCCACUCUGAAGAUGCAGCAUUCAUGUCCAAUCUGUCAGAAGAAAUUCACAAAUGCUGUAGUUUUGCAACAACAUAUACGGAUGCACAUGGAGGGCCGUCUCCCAAACAGCCUCACAAAUGAUGGUGCUGGUGAAGAUAUUGACCCAGUCAUGCUUGAAGAAAAGAUCCGUGAAUUGAGCAAAAUAUUUGCAGAAGAGAAUGUUGAUGACGAUCAAGAGAUGGAAGAUUUAGAAAAUACAAAUGCUUCCUUGGGGUCUAAGCCUUCUUCACCCCAAAGUGAAACAGCUGCAGAAUUGCCAGCCAGCCAGUUAACCCCUCUUGCACCUGACGAGAGCCAAACAAAUAUGCCACCAGCUCUGAAUUUGCACUGGCAAAACAGUGUAAGAUCCAGUGAUAACGUUUCACUGGAAUGUGAUGACCUGACAGAUUCGUCAACCUCUGGAGAUCAAGACACUCUUAAUGCUAAAAGUCCUAUGGAGUCUGAAUCUAGGGCACUUUCACCCACGAAUAGUCAUGACAGCAUUCCAUCAAAGUCUCCCCCUUCUUACAAUGGCAACGAUGACAUCAGUAUGACCAAUAGAGAAGUGUCAGAAAAUGACUUGCAUGAUCCAGAUGAUGGGGCCUUGGAUCUCACAAAUGGUGGCUUAUCUCGGAAAAUUAAAGAAGAACCAGGCCUGGUGCAGAAUGGAGAAUUUGGCAAGAGUGCAAACCUGCCUGUCAGUGCACCACCAGCACUUAUCAAAAUGGAGAGACCUGCAGACCGCAUUAUGGGAACUGCGCAGUUUAUAGCACCACCAAUUCUUGCACCUGGACUAAUGCCGCUUCUUGUUCCUCAACGGCGCUCAGCAAGGCAGCAUCUUUGUCAGACAUGUGGCAAGCACUUCUCCUCUGCAUCCGCCCUUCAGAUUCACGAAAGGACCCAUACGGGGGAGAAGCCUUUUGCAUGUCAAGUAUGUGGAAGAGCUUUCACCACCAAAGGAAAUCUGAAGGUUCAUGUUGGUACUCAUAUGUGGAAUAAUGCUGCUCGGAGAGGAAGAAGACUAUCAAUGGAUAGUACGUUGCCUUCACUAGCAAGUGACGGCAAAGCGGGGGAUCUACUUCCGAAGUAUCUUGUUCCUUCUUCAGUAAGCAUGGACCCAACUAUGUGGAAUAAAUAUGCCGCUGCUUUUACCAAUGGCUUGGCCAUGAAGACCAAUGAAAUCUCUGUUAUACAAACAGGAGGCAUUCCAAGUGGUGUACCCACACUUCCUGUGAGCAAUGGGGCAAUGAGUACAGCAACAGUGUCUACUAUCGAGGCCUCACAGUCUGGUGUAAACAGAAUCCUUUCUGGAAUGGAGGAGGUUGGCACUGAAAAUGCACCGAAACACCAAUUUACUCACUUUAUGGAAGAAAAUAUAGCUGUGAACUGAAACAAACAAGGAACACUUACUUUGGGUGGGAAACUUCUAAAUGGUCACUUGACAUUUCAUUUGUGGGGUUUUAUUUUUCCCC